UGUCAAUGUCCUGCAUGCUUGGUGAGCAGCUUCGCAUGGUUAUGACGGCGAGACCUUCACCUGCUGGAUGCCGGUUGCUAGGAGAUCAGAUCGGAAAGAAUCCUCACGAUUCAGUUGGGAUCCCUUUUCUCGGAAAUUGGUCUGAUGACGAUUAGUUGUCAUCAGCACAAUCACGUGGCUUGCUCUCGACCGAACGACCGUGCGCACGUCAGUCGCCACAUGGACGGAUUUAGCGAUUACCACCGCGGUGACGACGUCGACGACGACGACGACAGAGAAAAAGAGCUGCGCACAAGAUGCAGACAACGACGAGCGACAUGAAGGUUGAUCAAGACCAUAUUGACGAAGGCCUUUACAGCCGGCAGCUCUAUGUUCUUGGGCAUGAUGCUAUGAAGCGCAUGGCUGUCAGCAAUGUCCUCGUCGUAGGGAUGCGAGGCUUGGGCGUCGAGAUUGCAAAGAAUAUCUGCCUCGCUGGUGUCAAGUCAGUCACCAUCUACGAUCCUGCACCUGUCGAGGUCGGCGACCUUGGCACACAGUUCUUUCUGCGCCCUGAGGAUGUCGGGCCCAAACUUUCUAGAGCCCAAGCAACGGCUCCAAGGCUCGCCGAACUCAACACAUACGUUCCUGUCCGAGUUCUAGAAGAGCAAGAGCUGUCGAGGGAUGUGUUGAGCAGGUUUCAAGUUGUCGUCGCCACAAACCUCCCCUUGUCCAAGCAACUCGAGAUCAACGCCUUUACGCACGGCUCGGGUACACAUUUCAUCACUGCCGAUGUUCGGGGUCUGUUUGGCAGUGUCUUUACAGACUUUGGGCCAAAGUUUCUGUGCAACGAUCCGACCGGCGAGCAGCCUCUGACGGGCAUGAUUGUUUCUGUCGACCAGGACAAGGAAGGCAUCGUGACGACUCUCGACGAGACGAGGCAUGGACUGGAGGACGGAGACUAUGUAACGUUUUCCGAAGUGCAGGGAAUGGAAGAGCUCAACGGCUGCGAGCCAAAGAAGGUCAUGGUCAAGGGUCCCUAUACGUUUUCUGUUGGCGACACAACCGGUCUUUCGCCCUACAAGAGAGGAGGAAUUUUCACACAGGUCAAAAUGCCCAAGACGAUCGAGUUCAAGUCCUUGGCUGAAAGCAUCAAAGCGCCCACGCUUCUCGAGAGCGAUUUUGCCAAACUUGACCGACCUCCCACGCUGCACGCCGCCUGGCAAGGUCUGUCCGCCUUUUGGGAAAAGAACGGGCGACUUCCCAAGCCGCGGAACAACGAUGAUGCAAAUGCGGUUCUCGACUUGACAAGGGAGAUCUUCAAACAAUCUGGUGGUAGUGAUGGCGAGCUCGCUGAAAAGGUUGUCAAGGAACUAGCCUACCAGGCCACAGGCGAUCUUUCGCCCAUGGUCGCAUUCAUUGGUGGUUUUGUCGCGCAAGAGGCACUCAAAGCUUGCAGUGGCAAAUUUCAUCCUCUGGUGCAGCAUCUUUACGUCGAUUCGCUCGAGUCAUUACCGACCAAGAUUGCAGACGUACCCGAGGAAGACUUUGCUCCGACCGGAAGCCGGUACGAUGGCCAGAUUGCUGUCUUCGGCAAAGCGUUCCAGGAAAGGAUUACAAAUGCUCGACAGUUCCUCGUUGGGUCUGGCGCCAUUGGAUGUGAAAUGCUCAAGAAUUGGAGCAUGAUGGGUCUGGCUAGUGGGCCCGAAGGCGCCAUCCACGUCACAGACAUGGACACAAUCGAAAAGUCAAACCUCAACCGACAAUUCCUUUUCAGAACCAAGGACGUAGGCCACUUCAAGGCCGACACGGCCGCUGCCGCCGUCGCAGAGAUGAACCCGGACCUCAAAUCAAAGAUCAAGAGUCACCAAAACCGUGUUGGCCCUGAGACGGAGGACGUGUACGGCGACGACUUCUUCGAGUCCCUCACCGGCGUCACGAAUGCCCUCGACAAUGUUCAAGCAAGGCAGUACAUGGACAGGCGCUGUGUCUACUACCAAAAGCCUCUGCUUGAGUCAGGAACGCUGGGCACAAAGGCCAACACGCAGGUCGUCAUUCCUCACCUGACAGAGUCCUACUCUUCGUCGCAAGAUCCGCCAGAAAAGUCGAUUCCAGUGUGCACACUCAAGAAUUUCCCAAAUCAGAUUGAGCACACGAUCCAGUGGGGCCGCGAGCAGUUUGACGAGUACUUUGUCAAGCCGCUCGAAAACGUCAAUCAGUACCUCACGCAGCCGGACUACAUUGAGGCGACCAUCAAGGGUGGCGGUGGCCACAAGGAGCAGCUUGAGCAGAUCAAGGAGUACCUUGUCGACCAGCGGCCAAUCAGCUUUGACGCCUGUAUCGCCUGGGCUCGGCUUAAAUUUGAGGAAAAUUACAACAACAACAUUCGCCAGCUUCUUUUCUCCCUCCCCGAAGAUGCCGUCACUUCGAGCGGUCAACCUUUCUGGUCAGGCCCCAAGCGGGCUCCCAAGGCUCUCACGUUCGACCCCAAAGACCCGAAUCAUCUUGGCUAUGUGAUUGCCGCGGCGAACUUGCAUGCUGAGAAUUACGGCCUCAAAGGUCAUGCGGAUGCCUCGACGUUCGAGAAGACUCUCGCCAACGUCAUCGUGCCCGAAUUCGUUCCGAAGAGCAACGUCAAGAUCCAGGUCAACGAGAAUGAACCGCCGCCCGCGGCCAACAAUGAUUCAGGCGAUGGUUCCGACGUUACGGAUCUUGCUUCGAGCCUGCCGCCAGCUUCCAGCUUUGCUGGCCUGCGUCUUAGCCCUCUGGACUUUGAGAAGGACGAUGACUCCAACUUUCACAUUGACUACAUUACUGCGGCCUCGAACUUGAGGGCAAUCAACUAUGGCAUCCAGCCUGCGGAUCGCCACAAGACCAAGGGCAUCGCGGGCAAGAUCAUUCCGGCCAUCGCCACGACGACGGCCAUGGCCACCGGUCUUGUCUGCCUGGAGCUGUACAAGAUCAUCGACGCAAAGGACGACAUUGAGCAGUACAAAAACUCGUUUUUGAACCUCGCCCUUCCGUUUAUGGCCUUUUCUGAGCCUAUUGCAGCGGCCAAGACAAAGUACCAGAGCCCCAACGGUGAAGUUGUCUGGACCCUGUGGUCACGGUGCGUAGAUUGCCCCAUACAACACACCGCUUUUUCUUGGCUCACCUCCUCUACUCUGCAGAUUUGACGUGCCUGGAAACCCAACGUUGCAAGCUCUGAUCGACUACUUUUCCAAGGAGCACGGCCUCGAGGUCACGAUGCUUUCGUCUGGCGUUUCCAUGCUGUAUUCUGGCUUUGGACUGGCUGCUAAGAAG